CACACCUUCUUUCAUCCGUCACGUGCGCGCGUCUUGUUUCCGCCACGAGAUGUGGGGUGCGCGCGCGCCCGUCUGCGCCAAAGGAAAUCUCCGCUCGCGAGGCGGUGGCGCCUUCCCGAGCGCGGGGGUCGAAUUCCGUGGAGCUGAUGCCAUAGGGGGCGGCGAAAAGACAACAACAACAACAGCAGCAGCAGCAACGGGCGAGGGAGACAACAGAGGGCAAAUGAAACCGUCCGAGAAAGAAAACUGCCUAGUAAAGAAGGUGUGUGCUGUCUCCCUGCAGUGACUGGGGGAGCAGGGGGCUGGCUGGAGGGGAGCAUGGUGAGCAGCCAGCCCAAAUAUGAGCUGAUCCAGGAGGUGGGCCGUGGCAGCUAUGGUGUGGUAUAUGAGGCUGCUAUACGGCGCACCGGUGCUCGCGUCGCUGUGAAGAAGAUCCGUUGCCAUGCACCGGAGAAUGUGGAGCUGGCACUACGGGAGUUUUGGGCCCUGAGCAGUAUCCAGAGCCAACACCCUAAUGUCAUCCAUCUAGAGGAGUGUGUGCUGCAGCGCGGCACUCUGGCCCAGAGGAUGAGCCAUGGCUCGAGCUCCUCCCUAUACUUGGAGCUGGUGGAGACAUCCUUGAAGGGUGAGAUCAGCUUUGACCCACGCUGCGCCUACUACCUGUGGUUUGUCAUGGAUUUCUGCGACGGCGGCGACAUGAACGCCUACCUGCUGUCACGUAAGCCCAGUCGACGCACCAACACGAGUUUCAUGCUGCAGCUGGGCAGUGCGCUGGCCUUCCUGCACAAGAACCAGAUAAUCCACCGCGACCUCAAGCCCGACAACAUCCUCAUCGCCCAGGGCUGCAGCCCUGCCGGCUCGCCCGAGCCCACCCUCAAGGUGGCUGACUUUGGUCUGAGCAAGGUCUGCUCUGCCUCUGGCCUCAACCCCGAGGAGCCGGCCAGCGUCAACAAGUGCUUCCUGUCGACGGCGUGUGGCACGGACUUCUACAUGGCGCCCGAGGUGUGGGAGGGCCACUACACGGCCAAAGCGGACAUCUUUGCCCUGGGCGUCAUCAUCUGGGCAAUGGUGGAGCGCAUCACUUUUGUGGAUGCCGAGACACAGAAGGAGCUGCUGGGGAGCUACGUGCAACAGGGCUCGGAGAUCGUGCCCCUGGGGGAGGCGCUGCUGGGGAACCCACGCCUAGAGCUGCCCAUCCCCGCACGGAAGAAGAGCAUGAAUGCCAGCAUGAGGCAGCUCCUCAAGGAGAUGUUGUCGGCCAACCCUCAAGAGAGGCCCGAUGCCUUUGAGCUGGAGCUCAGACUGGUCAGAAUCGCCUGCAGGGAGUGGGACUGGGGCACAUGAUAGUGGACCUCAUUAAGUCCUUCAUUUUGCUCUCGGUCUUUCUGUCUUCUUGUGAAAGAGCGCAAGCAGAAAGCCGCACACUGAAAUAUCUGCCUCUUUAUCUCUGGUGCUGUGUACUUGGUCCCAAACCAGGUGGUGCAUCUCAUGUUCACGUCCUUUUCAAGAGUGGUUGUUGCAGGACUCGAAGUCCUGUUGUGGCUCCCCCAGGACUUGGACGAGGGAGGUCUGCUGUUAACUCGAAAGAUCACGUGAACGACAACUCUACUACGUUUUAGAAAUGAGAGCCCUUGAGCGUAACGGAACUGCUUUCAGAGCUUACACUACGGUAAUCCAUGAGCAAAGAGGCUUCUUCCUCAUUGCUCUUAUUUUAUGUGCAUGUAUUUAUUUAUUGAGUGAGUUUGCUAACACCUCGGUGUGUCCGUGUGAACCUGGAGGGUGAAGCUGCUGUCCGUCUGUGCUACCGACCCGUGCUCUGCCUUUGCUCGUGUCUCCUAGCUUAGUGGCGUGGGAAGAAAUGAGUGACGGAAGUGUAACCCUCCAAUAUAAGGGUUACAUAUAAGGGUCUUGAUAAACCUUAAUAAUCGUAGGUCAGCAGACGACCUCACCCUCUGGCUCUGACCAGUAAAGGAAGUGCUGCUCGUUCUAGGGACCCUGCCCAUAUUUACAAGCUGGCCAGUGUUUUCAAUUGAAAUUAAAUUAAACUUUUGGAAAUAUGUGUACUUCAGGCUCUCCUGGUUUUGGCAGAACUUUGUCCUUUUCCUCCCAGUAAAGGUCUAGCUCCUUUGGACCUCCAGCCGAGAGCGUACGAAGGCUGUGUAACUUCAUCGAUCUGCCACCUCUGCACACGUCUUAUAUGGCGUAGUAAACAAAGUCUCAGGGAUGUCAGGAGAAUGCUGUGUUUCCGGGGCUAUGAAAGCCAAGGGGGGGCAGGUGGAGAACCAGAGCACUUUCCCAGGAUUAAAAUUGAGGAGGAGGAGCAGCAGCAGUGUUUUCAGGAGCGUCGGCUCAUUUGGGGGAAUCCAAACUAAUAUGGAGUUAUGCGAUGGUCUGCAGACCAUUUUGCAACGAGGAAGGCUGACGUGUUGGAGUAGUGCUCCCCACUUUCUCUCCACCCACUGGACAGCACAGCACAGGACAUUCAGAGCUUCACAGCAGCUUAUUGCUCUGCCUUUGGCUCGUUUCUAGUUUGCCCUUGCGCCGCACUGAGAGCAGUCUCCCUCCCCAUUUUUGGAGACGGUUAAUUUCCCUCUCGUUUACACUGUGAACUGUUCGGCAGCCAGCAAAGACAGCUUUUCGUGUGUAUUUAUUUCAGCCUGUCAGUUGCAAACUGAAGGGACACGCGGCUCAACCGCAGGCUGUAUUUGUUGCACUUGUUGCUUUUCUCAAGACACUUUGAAUGAUCUGCUAGCAGACCUGUCUCCUGCUCAUACCCCAGCAGUGUACCAGCACAUUUCCUUUGUCUCCAGCUGCUUCAGCUCAUGUGGCGAUAGCUGACAAUGGCUGCUGUCUGGGAGGAGAAGGACCAACAGAAGCCAGUUUAGUGCACUUGCAUUUGGUUUGCCAUGACGUGAGUGUGUUUGGCACUGAUACAAAUUGUCACUCGCGGGUGGUGGACGGAACAACAGAAGCAAGUGGGAGAAGCAGCAGUGAAAGUUUCAAUAGCACGUUCCGGAAACUGUCGUGUAACACAAGUAGGUUACGCGUUGUGAAAACGUGAGGAUGCUAGAAGAGGUCAUAUGAGGGCACCGUGUGCAAAGAAUUGCUGGAAGAGGGCUGUUUUGACUGAUAGAGUAACUGGUAUUUUUCCAAAACAUCCACUGUGCUUGGCCUUAGUCCAUUUUUCUUUACUUCCCUCCCCCAUUUUCAGCUACUGUAAAGGUGCCGAGUGCUGAUCUCUGGAAAAAGGGACCUGUGGUCAGUGUUUUUCUUUUUUUUUUUUUCUUUUUUUUUUAAAUAUUAAAUCAGUUCAAAACACUGGAAAAAAAUCUCGAGCUAAAGAGAGUGAUGGAUUUCCACUGGACUUUAAAUGGCAAGAUGUUGUGACUGUGAUUUUCUUGUUCUCCUUUUCACUGGGAACUGUAAAGUCAUCUUCUGGACUCUUCUCUCCACUUUGUCCUGCUGUACAUUUGUGAGGUGUUGUGAAUGAGUGGUGCAGACACAAAACUGAAAAAUUUCUCUGUGUGCUCACUUGCAAUGUCCCAGGUGUCCUGAAGAUAGUUUUUCUCUCUUCAUUCUUUAGUCCUUGUUGCAGUGUGUGUUUUCUGAAGGCUCUGCACAGCCCUGCUCUUCGAAGCAACGUGUGGCAAACGGCUAAUUCCUGGUGGCUGAACACCAGACUCCUCCUUCCACACCUUUUUCAGUCAGUGUAAGGUAUAUUUUAAAGAAAAAUUUAAAA